UCUAUAUAAGUUCUUCAUUUGCUACUAUCAUCAUCCCAUCAAAAGAAAACUUCCCCAAAUUCUUCUCUAAAAAGUCUUGAUCUUCCAAUCUUCUUUCUCUCUUCAAAAGAUUUCAUCAAUGGCUCCAAGCUUAACAAAGGGAGCUCUAGAAUCAAUGGGCUUACUUGAUGGUGCAACACCAUCAUCAAUCACUCUUGAAGCAUCAACCUUUUUUGCUAAUGGCCAUCCAUUUUUCACUCAUGUACCUCCUAAUAUUAGUGUCACUUCCUUGGAAAACAACCCACUAAAAGCUACUCAUACCGCUACUUCCACAGGGUGCUUCAUUGGGUUCCACGUGGACGAGCCCGAAAGCCGUCACGUGGUUCCUAUAGGUAAGCUUAAAGGAAUCCGGUUUAUGAGUAUUUUCCGGUUCAAAGUUUGGUGGACUACUCAUUGGACCGGAACUUGUGGAAAUGAUGUUGAAUAUGAGACCCAAAUGAUGAUGUUGGAAAACAAUGAAUUGGGCCGUCCUUACGUUUUGCUAGUCCCAAUCCUUGAAGGCCCAUUUCGAGCCUCGCUCCAACCUAACCCGACCCGUAAUGAUGAUGUUUGUAUUUGUGUAGAGAGUGGGUCAACCCGGGAGAUCGGGUCGAACUUCCGGUCUUGCCUCUAUAUGGACUCAGGGUUCGACCCGUAUGAUCUAGUACAUGAUGCAUUUCAAGUUAUACAAGCCUAUUUAGGCACUUUCAAACUCUUGAAGGAGAAGAAUCCACCAGGUAUAGUGGAUAAAUUUGGUUGGUGUACGUGGGAUGCCUUUUAUCUUAAGGUCAACCCCGAGGGUAUACAAGAAGGUGUUAGACAUCUAACCCAGGGAGGAUGUCCCCCAGGGUUAGUUUUAAUUGAUGACGGGUGGCAGUCUAUAUCUCACGAUUGCGACCCGAUAACCCAGGAGGGGAUGGAUUUAACAUCUCCUGGGGAGCAAAUGCCAUGUAGGCUAGUAAAAUAUAUGGAGAAUUACAAAUUUAGGAACUAUGAGAGUCCCAAAGGAAAAGGGAAAGGGUUAAAGGCAUUUGUGAAGGACUUAAAAGAAGAGUUUAGGACAAUUGAACAUGUAUACGUAUGGCAUGCCUUAAUGGGAUAUUGGGGAGGAAUAAGGCCAAAUGUGCCAAACAUGCCAAAAUCUAAGGUCAUUAGUCCAAAGUUGUCUAAGGGAUUGCAGAUGACUAUGGAAGAUUUGGCCGUCGAUAAGAUCGUCGAAAAUGGCGUCGGAUUAGUCCCACCGGAGAAAGUGGAGGAGAUGUAUGAAGGGUUGCAUUCCCACCUUGAAGCGGCAGGAAUUGAUGGUGUCAAGGUUGAUGUUAUUCAUUUGCUAGAGAUGUUGUCAGAGGAUUAUGGGGGACGCGUGGAGCUAGCCAAAGCAUAUUACAAGGCACUCACCGCAUCAGUAAAGAAGCAUUUCAAAGGAAAUGGUGUCAUUGCAAGCAUGCAACACUGCAAUGACUUUAUGCUCCUUGGUACCCAAACCAUUUGCCUUGGACGUGUUGGAGAUGAUUUUUGGUGCACUGACCCAAAUGGAGAUCCAAAUGGGACAUAUUGGUUACAAGGUAUUCACAUGGUACAUUGCGCUUACAAUAGCUUAUGGAUGGGAAAUUUUAUUCAUCCUGAUUGGGACAUGUUCCAAUCCACCCACCCUUGUGCCGAAUUCCAUGCCGCCUCCCGAGCCAUCUCUGGUGGUCCGGUUUACGUUAGCGAUUGUGUCGGACAACACAAUUUUGAGCUUCUUAAAAAGUUGGUUUUGCCUGAUGGUUCUAUCUUAAGGUGCCAACAUUAUGCACUUCCUACAAGAGAUUGCCUCUUUGAGGAUCCUUUACAUGAUGGCAAAACAAUGCUCAAGAUUUGGAAUCUUAACAAGUAUACAGGAGUAAUCGGGGCAUUCAACUGCCAAGGAGGAGGAUGGUGUCCCCAAAUGCGUCGCAAUAAAGCCGCAUCCGAGUUCUCACACCCAGUGACAUGCUUUACAAAUCCUAACGAUGUCGAAUGGAGUAAAGGAAAGAAUUCAAUCUCCACUGAAGGAGUUAACAUUUUUGCAGUUUAUGCUUUCAAGGAAAAGAAGCUUAGACUCUUGAAACCUAACGAAAACAUACAACUAUCCUUAGACUCCUUUGAUUUUGAGCUUUUGACAGUGGCUCCGGUGAAACUAGUGGGGGCGAAUAUGAUCCAAUUCGCCCCCAUUGGUCUUGUGAACAUGCUAAAUAGCAGCGGAGCUAUUGAUUCACUUCUAUUCCAAGACGAAGAAAAUAUGGUUAAGGUCCGAGUUAAAGGAGCCGGUGAUUUUAAGGUGUUUUCUUCACAGAAACCAAGAUGUUGUCGUGUUAAUGGUAAGAAUGUCACAUUCUCGUAUCGAGAUUGUAUUGUUGGUAUUCAGAUUUUAUUGCAAGAUCAUGUCUCUAGAUUAUCUAUGGUUGAAUUUGAAUUUUAACAAAAACUUUAAUAUGUGGAUAUUGACUAGUAUCUAAGAAUAGACUCUUUCAACAAUGUGUAAGAUAUGAAGAUUGAAGUAAUCGAACUUCACCCAAGGUCUAGCCAUUCAUGGCAUGCAUGUGCCUAACUGCCUACAAUAAAUUAAGUGGAUUAUUGCUAGCAUGGUUCGCCCAAUGCGCGGCUAGUUCUAGUCCAACAAGCAAGGCUUCGUGUAUUAUUUCUUUUUGUUUUAUCAAAUUUUUGUGUGAAUAUUGUCUUAUGUAUUAGAUCCUUGAACACUUUGUUUUUAAAGUUAAACUCUACAAAAGUUGGUCAGUUUUAAUUAGUUAUUUA